AUGGCUACCGCAGACAUAACCGGCUCGUCCUCGCGAAAUUAUCGCACUAGCCAUCGAUACGUCCGUUCUAUCGAGGAUGAGGUCGUACCGAAGCCACUACAGAUUAUCAAGCGCUCCGUGAGCUCAAGCACCACAAGCCGGAGCUACCAGCCGCCAUCGGCCAGACGAAAUAACAGCGCUGGAAGCUUCAACUCUGAUGCAAGCAUGGACAGCAUACCGGAGUCACCAAGAGGGAAUACACCCCUCGCUGUACCAAAGAUCAGAGAGAACAAGGCGCUUGAGUACACCUCGGCUUCGAUGGUCAACCUGCUGGAAGGAUAUGAGCAAUACGAACCAGUGAAUACCGUAAAUGCCUUUCGGCCGAACCGAUCUCUGAUACCACAUUCGGCUCCCCCAGAACCAACUCUUGCACAAGUCUCCAGAACCAACGCCCUCGAAUGA